AUGUCCAUCACAAUUACCGAAUGGACUUUGACUAUACUUGCAGCACAGAUUGCUGCAGUUUUGGGAUUUAUCGCACUAGCACUAGUAAACCCACUGAAAGGAUCGGCUGCAAAGAAACAAACAAAAACAGCCGUGUCAGGCUAUGUUCCAUCAUCAGUGGCAUUUAGGGCUUUUUUGCAAAUGCUAACAGUCACUGCAAUUCUAGCUGUGGAUUUCAGUGUAUUUCCGAGACGGUUCGCCAAAACAGAAAUGUAUGGCACUUCAUUGAUGGAUAUUGGAACAGGUGCAUUCAUCUUUUCAAGUGGCUUAGUAUCUGGACCAAGAAUCAAUCAAAAAAACGUAAGCUUUAUAGCAAAAGUCAUCAAGACAUCCCAGAUUGUCAUUUUUCCUGUUCUUUUUGGCGUACUUCGAAUCGCAUUUGUCAAAUCUGUAAACUAUCAGGAACAUGUGAGCGAAUAUGGAGUGCAUUGGAACUUUUUUUUUACUUUGGCAUGUGUUUCCUUACUUGCCACUCUCCAUGGAACUCUAUUUUCUCGAGUCAGCUAUGCAUUUACUGCAGUCAUUAUUAUUAUUGGAUACGAGAUUGCACUUGCAAGAGGUCUUGAACAGUAUAUUAUAAGUGCUCCUAGGGUCGAUAUAAUCAGCAUGAAUCGCGAAGGAAUUUGUAGCAUGGCAGGGUAUUACUGCAUUUUUUUAAUAUCUGCAGAAAUUGGAGCACGUAUUCUUCCUAAAGUGCAGCCGUUCAAUAUGGGAAUGAUUCGUUUUAAAGUUUUGACAGCAACAGUAGGCAUGUCAUUUUUAUUGUAUCUGGUGUGCACACUCCAUCUUGAUCUUCAAGUUUCGCGUCGUUUAGCAAAUGCUUCAUAUGUUUUUUGGGUCACGGCUGUGUGUACGUCCUUGCUUGCAGGGCUUUUUGUAGUCGAUCAUACUCUAUCACGUAUAUUUAAAAACUCUGCAGAACAGCUCAAAGAUAGCCCAGUUUUAUUCCAAAGUCUCAAUCGCUAUCAGUUGGUGGCAUUCAUUGUUGCCAACAUUCUCACUGGCUUAUUGAAUCUAUCCAUUAACACGUUACAAGUGUCUAAUGUGUAUGCAAUGGGAAUUCUUUUUGUGUAUGCAUCUAUUGUCUCGUCUUCAGUUGUUUUGUUGAACACUUGGAAAUGA